AUGGACAUUCAGCUCUUUGUCUACGAUCUUUCCCAGGGUCUGGCAAGCCAGCUAUCGUUCAUUCUCCUGGGAACCUACAUUGAUGCCAUAUACCACACAUCGAUUGUGAUGGGCGGCAUAGAGUACACCUAUGAUGGCGGCAUCAAGACCACCAAACCAGCAAAUACGGCUUUGGGAAAGCCCAAGAAUAUCAUCGACCUAGGGAAGACAGAACUGCCAAUGGAGGUCAUAAUGGAAUACUUGGAAUCGUUGAAGGAGGUUUACACUUUUGAGGCCUAUGAUCUCUGGUCCCACAACUGCAACAACUUCACUAAUGAUUUUGCUACCUUCCUUCUCGGCAAAGGAAUCCCAGACUACAUUACGAAUAUCCCCCAGAAAGUUCUCGAUACUGAUUUCGGUCGAGCCCUAAAACCACAAAUCGACCAAAUGGUGAAGCGGAAUCACGAGAAGAGAAACGGCUUUUUGGGAAUAGGAGAGGCCAUAACUACACCCAAAACACACGAAAAACUGGUUGAGUCAGUGAGGAGACCUACCACCCUGGCUGAAUUGGAUAAGGUGCUGUUGGAGGCCAGGAAGUCCUGCGUAGUGGUGUUUUUCACAUCUGCUGAAUGCGCACCUUGCAAGAAGCUUUAUCCUCUAUAUGACCAGCUGGCAGCAGAGUAUGCUCAUAAAGCGGUUCUUAUCAGGGUAGACAUUGCUAGGUCAUUUGAUAUUGCGACCAAGUAUCAAAUUCGUUCAACGCCCAGUUUCAUAACAUUUUUGCACGGCGCCGAGGAAAACAGGUGGUCAUCAUCAGCUUCGUCAACCCUUAUACGGAACAUCGAGUUGCUUGUACAAAUGACGUGGCCACCACACCCUCAUGAAUCUCUAUCUCUUCCCGCACUGCACGCUUUGAAUACCAGACCCGUCUUAUUCGGCAAAGUGCCUCCUCUCGGCAAGCUCAAGACAAAGAUGGGGCCUGCAGCAGAGGAUAGAGCUGUAUCUGGUGUCUUGAAUUUUGUUGCGGCUCGUGCGUCAGAAGGUGCAGCAGAAGCGACGCUCCCCGAUCUGGCUGCAUUCAGCAACUUUUUACGCUCAGCUCCAUCCAAACUACCUAUCGAAGUCAUGUUCACAAUCGUCGAUUUGCUCCGCGUAGCUCUUGUCGAUCCGCGAUUCAGCGGUUGGUUUGCUGAAGAGCAUAAUCAUACGACUAUCGAACUCCUUCUAUCCUCCAUUAACACUCUUAAAGAUUGUCCAUACUCACUACGGCUUGUCGCGCUUCAAAUGUCAUGCAAUCUCUUCUCCACACCACUGUACCCGCCUCAUAUUCUCGAGUGUUCGGCUUUAAGGACCCCAAUCGUGCAGCUCAUCACUUCAAGUCUACUAGACGAUAAACACCACAAUGUCCGCGUCGCAGCCGCAAGUCUUUCCUUUAAUAUCGCAUCGGCAAAUUGCAAGAUACGAGCAGAUGAGCACCGAGAAGCGCUGCAAGAAGGAGAUCAGAUCGAGCUUGCAGCCUCGCUGCUCGAAGCUAUCCAGUUAGAAGAGGCAUCUCCAGAAGCACUGAAGGGUUUCCUACUCGCAUUUGGCUAUCUGAUAUACUGUGCGCCUAAACAUGGCGAGCUAGUGGAUCUACUGAAGAGCAUGGAUGCGCAAGGCACGAUACUGAGCAAGACCAAGGUCUUCCCGGACGAGCAGUUGAUUCAGGAUAUAGGCGAGGAGCUGUUGGGUAAAGGUCUCAAAUAG